AUGGAUGUGGUCAGUACUACUGGAUCACAUCCCAGCUCGGAUGACAAUGAGGCAUUCUGGAGCCCUGGUGUUGGCAUGCACGACCGAACGACUAGCAACACCACUCUGGGAAGCCCUCAGAAUAGCGCACUGGAAUCAACCUCCUCUCAUGAGCAAUCGCUUCCCUUCCCACGGCGAUUCAGGCGGGAAGGAGAACCCUUGGUUCAACGUCUCUACAUCUACAAUAUGACAGUGAAAGUGCUGAGGCAGCACUGUAAUGAGUUUGACCUCCACCAGACGGGCAACAAGACCAUGCUGAUUGAACAGCUGGAGGAGUUCAGUCGUGAACCUGAUUCAUGGGACAGGCUCCGUCCAGGUGCCUGCAAGUCCCACAAGGGUCCUCGAGCAAGUAGGCCUACAGACAUGGCCAGGACAGGCCGUACCAAGCAGUCUACACAACGCUGUGCGCAGCUGGUCAGCACCACUGCUGCCACAGCUGUCGCUGACAGAUCCAAGGACACACACACCUCAACCAAAGUUGCAGCACUGUUGCCGUGGACUGAGAUGAUCGCCAGAGAGUAUCCGUACCAGCCAAUGGAUCUCGUGCCUCCAGUUGCUGGCGCCGAGUCCAGUCAUACUCUUCUGACCACCAAUACAAGUGCACUGUCUGUUCCAUACAUUGACGAGGAUGCCAUCAUCCAAAAUGUGAGCGCAAAGAUUGUCAGCCUUGUUCAAGAUGCCCUCCAUGAGCCUGGCACUGCUCAGUCCCCACCUAUACUAGAUGCCGAGCGCAUCACUCACUCUGGUGCCGAAGGAACCACUCACUCCAGUGCCAAAGGCAUCACUCACUCUAGUGCCGAGAUCGUUGCAUCGGAAUGUGGGGCACCAAGAGAAUCCUCGACAGGGAAGCCACGGCUACUCCAGCUUGGAGAUGGCACCGUCUUGCAAGUGGAUGCCAGCGAGAUUCCUGAUCCCCCUGCCAUCAGUUUUGAUGACCAUACUGAGCACUGGAAAGGUCUGUCUGUCAUUGUCAUCCGUGGUCACCCAAUCACAGUUGAAUACUGGCCGUUACUAUAUCGCUAUGGCAAAGAGCAGCAGUGGCAGAGCACAAAGAAUAAAUGGAAUGAUUGGCGGGUCAUUGUCAAGUGUUACCAUCAAGACAGCCCUGAGCAGUUCUGGGCUACCUUCAGUGCCAAAGGAGAGCGCAUGAAGUAUACCACCAUUGUCCAGAAGCUGCGUGACAUGCGCAUGUCAAUUGACUCCCGCAUUGCAUAA